GCACUAAAAUCAAAAGGUGGUCUCAAUUUCUUGAAUGAUAGAAUAAGAAUUACACUAACAAAUCAUAGAAGAAGAAGAAGAAUAAGAGGAAAAAAAAAAAAAAAAAAGAAAGAAAGAAAGAAAGAAAUAGCGCAAACCCAAGGCAGUCAAUUCAGUCAAAACACUUUGCAAAAUCGAUAAACCUCAAAAUCUCAAUAUCAAUCUCAAAAUCAUGCACAAGAACAAAACCAACAAAUAUUAAUAUCAUACAUUCCACUUGGCUUUUUUUCUCUCUCUCUCCUAAUGCACAUACAAUAAUAAUAAUAAUUAAUUAUGGGUUUUACUUUAAUAGGGGUUGGAGAAAAACAAAUAUAACACACACACACACACACACAGAGCAAGAGGAAAGGAAGAAAUUUAAAGGGAAUUCAUCAACAAUAAUUUUAUUUCCCCUCUCCUGCUAAUCUCUGUUUUGUUUUCCCUUUUUGAUUUUAUUUUUUUUUUUCUUUGGGUGUGUUGUAUUUUUGGGUGUAUAAUAAGUUAGAAUAAAUAUAUAUAUAUAUAUAUAUAUAUAUAUAUAUAUAUAUAUAUAUUUUUUUUUUUUUUUUUCUCUUCCUUUCUGCCCAUUAAACAAUGAAAAUGGCAUAUUACCAAUCAUCCUUUCCCCUCUAUAGGAAACACCCAUCAUUGCUCCCAACAAUCCUUUUCAACCUUAGAAACCUGAGCUUCUAAGAUAUUCCCCCACCCCCUUCCCCCCCUUCCAUUCUUCCAUUCUUUCUUUUUUCUUUUUUCUUUUUUUUUUUGUUCUUUUUCUUUUCUUUUCUUUUCUUUUUCUUUCAUAUGCUUCCUCCAAUCCCACCAUUUAAAUACCACUCCCCUUUGUAACUUUUUCCCCUCCUCCUCCUCCUUCUCAUCCUUCCUCUACUUCUCUCCCCACCCAUUUCUUUCCCUUUCACUUUCACUCCCAAUAUCUAUCCUUCUUCUUUUCUCUCUUUUUUUUUUUUGACAGUUUUUUUUAGUUUGGUUGCUUAGAAAAUCUUUAAUAAAAAUGGAUCCUUCUUCCACAAACUCUGUGAACGGUUUCUAUUCAUUUCUGACUCGUGGGAUCGACGAUCUCGAACGGGUUUAUCUCUCAAACAACUUCAUGUCAAUCCAAUUCCUUCAAAGGGCACUUUCUCUUCUCCGAUCCUUCCAUUCCCAAUUGACCCUUCUCGUUCAGAAGCUUCAUUUACCCGUUGGAGAUAAGUGGCUCGACGAAUACAUGGACGAGAGCUCCAAGCUUUGGGAAGCCUGUCAUGUCCUCAAGUCAGGUAUUUCAGGCAUGGAGAAUUACUAUUCUGCUGGCUUCAACAUAACAACCUCACUCGACGGCCAUCGACAUCUCAGCCCACAACUUUCUCGCCAGGUAAUAAGAGCAAUUUCAGGGUGUAGAAGAGAGGCUUUGGGAUUGGAAGAGGAAAACAGAGCGUUAAUGGAAACGAGAAUCCAACCGCUUUCUCUGCGGUUCGAUGAGAAAGUAUCGAUCGAAUCGAAGCUGAACGGAUUCAACGGUUUCAGAGGUGUUCUAUACGCAAUGAGAAACGUGAGCUCGCUGCUGCUGAUGAUUCUGCUAUAUGGGUUGGUCUAUUGCUGGCCGGAAUCGAGCUGUUUUUUGAGAGGUGGGUACGAAGGGUGUUUGUUUUUCGGAUCGGCGUUCAUGAUCUCGACGGCGAGGUUGCAGCAGAGAGUGGCGGAGGAGAUUGGACAGAUCAGUGGGAGGCCUGGGAUUUUGAUGUACGAGUUCAGGAGGUCGAAGAUGGCCAUGGACGAGCUUAGAAGCGAAUUGGAGAGGAGGGGUUCUCAGGGAGUUGUGGAUUGGGAAACGGAGAGUGGGAUCAGAGAAAGAGUGGAGAAUCUGAGAGGGUGUUUUGGGGUUUUGAGAUCUGGUGCUGAGAAUAUUGUUGGCCAACUUGAUGAUUUCUUUGACGAAAUUGUUGAAGGAAGGAAGAAGCUUUUGGACUUUUGCAGCCAUAGGUAGAAAAAAAUGAAAAAAAAAAAAAAAAAUUAGAGAUGUCUUUUUUUUUUUUUUUUUUUUUUGGUGUGUGUGAUAGAAAAAUGGUUAAAAAGAAAAAGAAAAACCCAAAAAAAAAAAAAUCUUAUAUAUAUAUUUACAGAGUAGAGGUCUCAGUUGUUGGGGGUUGGUUGUAUUUUUUUUUUUUUUUUUAACCCUUCUCCUCUCCUCUUCUCUUCUACUUUUUUGUUCUUUUUUUCUUUUUCUUUUUUUGCACUUAUAUUUUUCACCCCCCCUUCCCUCUCCAUUUUCUCUAUGGUUAGUAUGGUUAAAAAAGGUUGGAGAGCUUUUCUUAGAGUAAAAGAAAACAACAAAAACAAAAACAAAACAAAAAAACAAAAAAAAAAAACCGGAAGAAAAAGAAAAUUUUCCACUAAAAUAGAGAAAUGUAAUUCUGGGUUUUUUUCAGAAGAUAUGAAAAAUUCAAGUUUAGGGACGUACUUUAAAUGCAUUACAUGUUUUUCUAGCAUGAAUUCCAAGCCCAAACUAAGAAAUAAAAAGCUAAUCAACAAAAAGGAAAAUGUGGGUGGGGAAUUGAGUAAGCAAAAACAAAACCAAAAAGAAGGAACAGCUUCUUGUUACACUCAAAUGGUACAGCAAUUUUUGUUUUUUUGACUUUUUUAUGUUAGUGUUUUUGUUCUUUUUUUAAAAGAGUUUACCCCUUGUUAUUCUCAAACAUGCUGGCAAAUUUUCUUUUUUUGACCUUUUUUUUUGGGAAAAUAUUUUACCCCUUUGUUUUUACCAUAGAAAUUACUAAUCAUUCCAAGCUGUGAAAGGACGAUGAAAAGGGUGGCUUAGGACUGGAGAAAGAGAGGAGAGAAAGAUGAAAAGGGUGGCUUAGGACUGGAGAGAGAGAGAGAGAGAGAGAGAGGGGGGGUACUGUGAGAUUCCUGGGUUAGCUUUAAUUUCAAAAGCAGUUUCUUUUAGCUCUUAGGAAGCUUUUGUCUGAUUCGGUUCACUUUGAAAGCAAUGGAUUUGAUGAUUAGAGCUUCUCACCCACAAAACCCAACCUUCUCUCACUAACAUGUCUUCUGCUCACUUUGUCUUUCUCUCUGAUAAUUUUUAUUUUUCUUUUGUUGCCAAUUACUUUCCCAUUUUUGGGGUUUUGAAAAAAUAUAUAAUACAAAGCAGAAAAUUUUGGGUCACUUUCUCACUUCUAACCGUAUCGCAUGCUUUUCGUCCCUUGCCGGAAAUUCAUGGUUUGCCUCCCUUGAAGGGAUCCAUAACAGAGUCCAACUUGAAAACAAAAUCAAUAUAAUAUUUUUGGUGAAAGAGAAAAGAAAGACUACAAGACAAAUUGAAAAACUAUAAACAAAUACCAAAUAAAAUUCGUAAAGCAAUUUGAUGGAAACAAUUUUGUUCUUUGUAUCAGUGCUCUGUCCAAACAAACCAUUGCCCCCAAAGCGGCAAUCUAUGGUUUACAAUCAUAACCAGACAAAUUGCUUUUUCGACUCUUCCAAAAAAAGUAAUUUAAUAACUAAAUAUAUAUAUAUAAAAUAAAAAAAUUAAAAAAAAGUGAAAGAAUAUAACAUAAAAGUGUUUUGAGUUUCAGUCUGUGUUUCCUCUCUGAAAACCGUAAAUGAGCAUAUAGCUUGCAAGUUUGCCCCCCCACCCCCACAACCACAAAAAGGAAAAAAUACCUACAUAAAAGGUAAAAGGGUCUGGAACACUAGGAUUAAUGGUAAUCAUUAACACACAGAACAAUCAUAAAAAAUAUACAGAGAAUAUUGCAUUAGAAAGAUAAUAAUAGAAAUAAAAAUACAGAUGUAGCUCUACUGAAUCACAAAGUUUUCUGUUCAUUCCAGUUAAAAGAUGAUGAUGAUGUAUCUAAGUAAACAUACGACUCCGUGUAAAUUUA